AUGAACGAAACAGAGAAUAAACAUUUAGAUCUUUCAGUAGGUGUGUUAUAUAUUUCCUUUUGUUCCCAUUAUAUACGAUUAUAUAAUAAUUUUAAUUCCUAUUAUAUCUUUAGUAUAACACCAUUUAAACAAGGCAUAAAUAGGAUCCAGACCAAAGAAACAGUCUCAUUUCAAAAAUAAAAAGGUAUAUCAAAUUAUCAAAUUUUUAGGCUGAAUGUUGUGAAAUUUGUGGAAUUGGAUUUGAUAGACAAAUCUAGUAACCAGAAGUUGGUACUAAUAACUGAUUUAUUAACACUUAGGUAUGAUGAUUAUCACAUGUUAUGGAUGUCUAUCUACUUGCCAUUACUAUUGUUAUGGUAUAUCGACAGAAGUUGAAAUUUUUUAGAAUUCCAUUAAUUAAGGGUAUUUUUAAUGUGACAAGUGUAAAUCAUCUAAACCCUAAGAUUCACAAUGUGUUGUAUGUAAUUAAAAGUUAGGUCUCAAAAAAAAACUGCAUAAUUCAAAUGAAUUUGUACAUCCAUUAUGUGCAUAAUUCUCCAAACAAAUAGAAAUAAUCUCAUUUAUUCAAAUGAAAUUUUGUAAACUAAAUUAACUAGAUAAAUCUAACACUGAUAAACCUAAAUAGAAUACAAAAGCUUGUGUAUAUUGUAAAGGGAACACUGGAACCAUCAAAUGUAAUAAAUGCAAUGCAUAUGCUCACAUCUAUUGCAUUAUACAAAAAAUAACAGAAAAUGGAGGUUAAAAACUUGAUUAUUCUGAAACCAAUAAAGAUAACUAAUGGUAAUUCUCUUUUAAUUACAAAUAAUUACUUACUAUUGAUAAUAACAUUCAAUUUAAUAGAAAUAAUCUAUUACUCAAAAAUAAUGUUUACAAUAUUUUUGAUCAAUUUAUGAAAAUACAAGGAGUUCAGAAAUAAAUUAAAUUAGAUUCAAUAUUUUAACAAUAUUUUAAACAUGAUAAGAUAGAAGAAGAAAAAGAGUAAUAAUAUUAUUUCAAUAUUUUUAGGUCUAUUUUAACAUGGAUUUGUUACAAGCAUAAAUCUUCUAAAAAUUAUUGUUAUUGUAAAUAAGAAGUAGACACAGACGAUAUGGUUUAAUGUGAAACUUGUACUGAAUGGUUUCAUGAUCAAUGUGUCAAAAAAUACUAAAAAGAUUUUGAAGAAUAAAAAAACAAAGAUAAUUAUUGUUGUCCUUUCUGUCUUAAAUGGGCAAAAAAUAAAUUAAAUCAUAUCUUGAGAUUUAAUCCAAUUUCUAAUUUAAAUCAAUUGUUUCCAUAAGUUUUAAGAUUGAAUUUCAUUUAAAUAGCUAUUAUUGGAAUUUAUUGUGAAAGAGCUCUACAGAGAAUAAUUUAAUAAUGUAAUAAAUUAAUCUUAUUUAGAUAAUGAAACUGAAUAUUAAAUUCUCUUAUCCAUUUUAUCUAAUCUCCCAUUCCCUAGUUCUCUAUAAACAUAGCUUAGUUCAAUUCAAGAGAAAUCUAAGUUGUCUGAUUUAAUGAAUUUUAUUUUUAACCAACAAAUACCAUACAGAGAAGAUAAUUAAUGGCUUAUCAGAUCAUAAUUAGAUGAAAAUAACAAUACUAUACCUGAAAAUAUUCAACACAAUAGUGCUUUAAAAAUUAAACUAUUAUAAGUUAUCGAGCUAUUUAAGGAUUAUGAUGAAUGUAAAUAUUAUGAAGAUUAAUUACAAAAAUUGAAUCAUUUGCAAUAGGCUUUUGACAUCAUUAUAAUGAAAUAGAAAAUUACUAAAACUACUAUAUUAAUGGAAUAUUAAUCAAAUGUAUAUUAGGAAUUCAUUUAUUUGCAACAACAAAUACCAACAUAUAAAUAAUUAAAAAAAGAGUUUAUAUUAACAUUAUAAUAAUCUUAAAAUAGAUUUAAUGAUUUUGAAACUAAAUUUAAUAGAAUUAUUGAUUCUUCUGAAGAUGAAGAUGAUGAAGAUGAAGAUCUUGAAGAUUAUAAGAGAUUAUAAAAAUAUUUUUAAUUAGAAAUGGUUCCAAUUCAAAAUUAUAAAGAAUUUUUUGAUCUAAUAUCUGAAUGUAGACACAAACUAAAUUAAUUUAAAGUUAGUAUCGAAUAUGUUAAUAAGUUUAUACGACAAAUUUAAAAUUUAUCUAUCAAUGUUUCUUGGAUUCAAUAUAUCGAACAAGAAGUAAAUUAAGGAUCACAUAUUAUUGGAUAAUUGGAGGAUACAAAAUUGAAUAAUUCAAAUAAUGCUAUUUAAAUGUUGAUGAGUAAAAUGGAAUAAUUAUUCUGCUAUUAUUAAGAUUUUCCAAAACAUUAUGGUUUUUUAUCUAAAAUCAAAUUAUAUUAAUUAUACAUUUAAGAUCUAGAUUAUCAAUAAUAUAGGGAGAAUGAUGAUGAAGAUAGUGAAUUAUAAUAGGUAAAUAAGGAUAUUAAUUUUAAAAUCUCUAUUACUCAUUUAUAAAUGUUGAAGGAUCUACAAAAAGAAACUAAAGCACCACAUAAAGAAAUUCAAAUUUUAAAUAAAGUUGAAUAAUAAAUGAAUGGUUUUCGAUAAAAGUUAAGAAAUAAUUUACUUUAAAAAGGAUUAAAUGAAUAAUUAAGAAAGAGAUACUAUGCUGAAUUAUAAAUGAAUAAAAGAUUUGAUGUUCCAGAAAUCAAAGAAUUACAGUAAAAAUUAGAAAUAUUUUCGGAAGUUGAAAAAAUUAGAAUAUCAAAAACAUAAACAUAUUAAUAAUUAGAAUUAUGUUUAUAAAGAUCUAAAUAAUAUAAUUUUGAUGAUAAAAUAAUUAAUCAAUUUGAAAACGAAAUCAAUAAAUAUUUAUAAAUAAAGAAAGAAAUUCAAAAAUUAUUGGAAAAUUAAAUAUUUGAAAAUGAAUAAUUAGAUUAAGCUAAAGCAUUUUUAUAAGAUAUUUCAUAGAGUAAAAUUGUAUUUGAAGAAAAAUAAUUAUUACAAAGUUUAAAUAAAGCUUGCCAAUUUGUCUAAUAAUUAUAUGAGUUCUAUUAGAAAUACAAAUCUCCUGAGUAAGAAAUGGAAAUAGAAGAUGAUAAAAAUCCAGAUUUACAAUUCAAAAUUAAUUAAAUUAGCAAUCCAUUUUCCAUCAUAUUUAAAAAUGACUAAGUAUCAAUGAUAUCUGAUUUAGAAAUCAUUCUAAAUAAAUAAUAAACUAUUUUAGAUAAAAGAAUCUCUAUUGUUUAUCAAUAAUAUUCAAGCUUUUUAUGGUAAAAGUAAGCAAAAAUAUUGUUAUCCUUAUAAGAAUAAAAUUCAGAAAUAUCUUUACAAUUAGUGGAAUCAGUAAUAUCUAAGAAAUUUAAAUUAGAAAAUCAAGAAUAAAUAAAGUUGGAUUAAUUUAUUGAAUUGUAUAAUCAAUAAAUAUCAAUAUUGAAUUUGAUUAUAGUUCCACUGCAAGAUUAUAUAAAUAAAUAGCCUAAAGAAAUUUAAUUAUUUGAUUGGUUUGAGGGUUAUAAUUCAAUAACAUUAAAUAUUAAAGGAGGGAUAUGGGAUUAAGUAAGAAUCUAUAAUGUUUGGAUGACAAUCAUUACAAAAUUUUAAGAAAUUGAAAACUCUAAAUUGCAUACUUAUGAGAGUCUUAAAUUGCUAUAAGAAAUUAUUUAAAUGUCCCAUAUGCCAAAGUAUUCAGCUAUAGUUUAAAUAAUUAAUCAAAAAGUUAAUAACUUUAACAAUCUGGUGGAUAAAUUUAGAGAAUAUGGAUAGAGAAAAUAAGCAUUUUUAGAGAAAAAGAAAUCAAAACAAGAAGUGAAUCAAAAAUUUAAAUUCAAUUUUACAAUAUAAGAUGCUCUUGAUUUGGAAGAAAGAUUGCAAAGAAUAAAUAAUAUGGUACAUGAUUUCUUUUCAAAAGAGUUUUGUUAAGAUUUCUAAUAAAUCAAAGAAAUUUAAGAAAAUUUCAAUAAUUGUUAAAACGAUGAUAUAUAAAUGUAUACGCAAUUGUAUUAAAGAUUGACUUAGUCUUUUAUUUAGGAUGAGAUUUUGUUAGAUGAGUUGAAAAUAAAAAUUUAUUAAUCAAAGAUUAAGGAUAUAAUAAAGGGAAGAAAAAGAGUAGAAUUAUUGAAGGCAAAAAAACAAUAUACAAGUUUAAUGAAUUUAAUGGAAUAGUCUAAUAAUGAAUUUGAAGAGUAUCUUUAGUAAUUCAAUAAGUUAUUAACAAUAGCUGAGAAUGUUUAAAAUAUAGUAAAUAAAGUAAUAAAUGAUUAAGAAUACACAUUUGAGGAAUUGGAAUAAUGUGUAUUAGAUAUGUAGAAGAUUUAAAGUAUAUUGAUAGAGAAUAAAGAGGAAGUAUUAAUAAAGUAUUAGGAUUGUAAAUAAGUUUAAAAGGAGAUAAAUGAAAUAUAAAAUUCAUAAAUAAAGACUAAGGAAACAAUAGUUUAAAAUAUAAUGGAAAAGUUAGAAGAACUACCUUUGUAAGAAGAUAAAUAAUUGGUAUAAACAUGGUUGGAUUAAUAUGAAUAAUUGAGAAUUAGUUAUUAAAGUCUUAAAUAGAUGUUAUAAAAAUAAAAGACAUUUCAUAAUGGUAAAUAGUUGAGUGAUUUGGUUAAAAAGAUUUAGAUAUUAAAUGAUGAUUGUAUCAUUACUUGUCUUGAAGCAGAGAAUUUCUUAAAAGAUUACUCAGAGUUUAAUAAAAAAUUAGAACAAAUUGAAAAUAAUUUGUAAUCAAAAUAAGCUAUAAAAGAUUUUUAAGAUUUAUAAACUAAUCUUAGAUGGGGUGAGUAAUUUGAAAGAAUAAGAAUGGCUAUUUGGAUUAAAUAAAUUAGUUAGUUUAAAGAUGAAUCAUAAAGUAAAUUGGGUUAUUCUUCUUUUAGAAAUCUUUUAAAUUAAGGAUAUGAAAUAUUAGAUUCAGCUUUAAUAAAUAAUUAAAAGGUUUUAGUAGAAAAAGUAAAAGGACCAAUAAUCUACUUAGAAUAAUUAAUGAAUAAAAUAAUUGAUCUUGUAAAUAAUGGAAAUAAUGGACAUUCUAUUAUUGAUGGAAAAAUUGAUAUAUCAUAAUUAUUAUUGGAAUUGUAACAUAAUUCUACUUAUCAUAAAUAAGAAUAAAUUAAAAAUAUGUAAACUAAGAAACCAUUUGAUGAUAUUAAUUAAUAUUUAGAUAAAAUUAAACUAAAACAAAAGAAAAAGAUAGUUCCAUACUCUGAAAAAGAUAAAACUCAACGUAAUGUUGAAGAAAAAAAGUUUAAAAAGGUUAAGAAAUGUAAUUAUGAUAAUGAAUAUGAAUAAAAAAGAAUUGAAAAAAGAACUGAAUUAUUAAAUAUAAUGAAAUAGAUACCAAAUUUUAAAGAUAGAAAAGAUUUGAAUGAUAGAGUCAAAGAAAUAGAAAAUUAAUAAUUUGGAGAACAUGUAAAAAAUAAAUAAAGUAUAUAUUUUAAUUAAUUAUUAUAGAAUAUGAAGAAGCUAUGUAAAUAAUUAUAACAACAUAUAAAGAGUUAUAAAAGUUUCCAAAUUAUUCUAGAUAAUUAUUCUCUUCUUCAAAUAACCUUGAAACUACAGCUAAAGCAGUUUAAAAGUAUUAAGAUGGCAAAUUAUAAAAAUGUGAAGAUAAAUGCAAAUAAGUUAAAUAAUCAGAUUAAAAUCCAUUAAUUAAGAGUAAUAUUAAUUUCCAACCUUAAAAAAUAAAACUAAAAUCUUAAAAUCAAUCUACUACAUUAAAAUAAUAACCUUAGAAUAAUAUGAAAUUAGAUAAAUUAAAUUAAUCUUUUAAUGAUUCUUAUUAAUUAAUAUAAAAAUUAAAAGAAUAGUAAUAGAAAUAAUAAAUUGCAUAACUAUAAUAAAUUAGUAAAGUUCAAACUAAAUAAAAAAUCUAAUAAGAUAAAUCAUUUGACAGUAGAUCAUCAUCAAGCUAAGAUUCCUUUUCCAAAGAAUUAUCAGAAUAUAAAUUGAUCACAAAAAUAAAUAAAGAUUCUGAACAAGAGUAACAAGAAUCCAAUCUAAAAUCAUAUUUAAAUAAAAAAGAAGUAAAUACAUUUAUUAUAAAAUAGAUAAUUCCAUAUGUUUAUGGUGAAAAAUUGAUAAAAAUAGGCUAAAUAGGAUCAAAAUUAGUAUUACCUGAUGGUUCAACAUAUGUUAUUGAUUAUUUUAGUCAUUAAACUGAGUUAAGAUAUAAUAAAUUUCCAAAGAUUAUUUAAGAUCUCAAAAUUGGAAAUUAUUAAGAUGAAGCACAUAUUUUAUAAGAAAUAGAUAUAAUUGCUUAAUAAUAUAGAUAGUAAGUGUUAUCAGGAUAAAUCAUACCUGAAAAACUUCAAGAAUUAGAAACAUUAAAUAGAAUGAGUGAAGAUUUAUUAAGCAAUCAUAAAAUAUUAGAAUAUAAAUAACUUGAUACAAUUGUUUAUUUGAUGCAUCAUUAAUAAAUUUUGAAAUCAGAGUUCUUUAGCAAUUUUUAACUAGAAGAGAUUAUUUUAAAAUAACAUUUACUUAAACAAGAUAAACAGGAUGAAAUUUAUCUGUAAUUAGACAAUUAUACAUCAAACUUAUGUUUCAUAAUUACGCUUAAACAAUAAUCAUAAGGAAUUUUAGUCAGUAAUUUUAGUGGAGUUUCUAUUGAAAUUAUUAAAAAUCUAUCAUAAGUACAUAGUUAAAAUUAAGUAUUUUAGUCCUAAGAAUUCAAAAAAUGGAAAGAAAGUAGAAAAAAUCAAGGAAAAUAAUAAUAAUAAUAGAUGAAUGAUAAUGUAUAGCCCUAAUCUGAAUCAUUUACAUCAGAUGAUGAAUUUAGCGAAAUUAUUAAUUAAGUAUAAAAUUUAAAAAUUUUUAUUAGGGAAAUACUGGAGAUUUAUAAUACUAGGAAUUGAAUCAUAAAAUGAUUGGUUGCCAUGUUAGAAAUGAUAACUUUUACUCUAAAUGA